AUGUUUCCAGACCAUGUGGGAGUUCCAUUGGGAGAGGAACAUGGUGGAGCAACAUAUUUUAUGCUUGAAAUUCAUUAUAACAACCCAAAUCUGAGAAAAGGUGUUGUGGACUCAUCAGGUGUAAGAAUAAUGUACUCUGAGAAACUGCGACAACAUGAUGCAGGAAUCCUUACCCUAGGACAUACUGUAUCUCCCACACAUAUUAUUCCUCCCGGACAAAAGUGGACUACUGUAGCCCUUUGCACAGCUGACUGCACAGAUGAGACUCUACCAACAAAUGGGAUUAAUGUGUUCCAAGGCUUCUUACAUGCUCAUCUUCUGGGCUCGUCAAUUUCCAUCACACAAAUUCGGAAAGGAAGGGAAUUGCCAAAUGUCUUUAAAGAUAUGUCCUAUGAUUUCAAUUACCAGCAAGCUCGGGUACUGAAGGAAGAAAUGAAAGUCAUGCCUGGAGACUCUUUAAUAGUCAAGUGUGGCUACGACUCCACCAAGAGAAAAAUGCCAACAUUUGGUGGAUUCAGUACUGAAGACGAGAUGUGUCUGGCUUUCCUAACGUAUUACCCAAGAGUGAAUUUGUCGGGCUGUUACUCACGACCUGACAUGGCUCUCGUCUUUGAUACAUUCGGCAUUCAGGAUCUCUUUGAUAAUGAUAUGAAUAUAUUCAAUGACCAGAGUUUCAGUGAGGAAUUCAUCAACGAGGAGGUUGAAAACUCCUCCCUAACAAGAAUGAAGGACAGAGUGAACGAGCCUGUAGACAUCCACCUCGGAAACAUCUACCGUUACAUCAUUGCAAAAGCCCCUCAACGCUACUUCAACACAUCUUUUUACGAUAUCUUGCAUGAUAAAGCUACCUGGCAGGACACACGCAUGAUCUCCACCUUGCAGGAAAUGAUUGUUUAUGGGCAACACGAACCUUCAUGUGAAAAUCAUGGCAGGAUUAUUAUAGAUAGGUUACCAAAGAAGGUCAAGUAUCCAAACUUCAUACCGCUUCAUAGAAAUGAACAACAGUGUACUCUAGCAGAAAAAGACACUGAGGUGUAUAAGAUUGACACCAAUAUAGCAGUACCAUCAGUUCCAAACAAGAAUACAAAGAUUCAGGAGAACAAAGGACAAGCAAAUCCAACAGCAAGUCCUGUGAAACCCAUAGCAACUGUCCCAUGGCGUCCAUCAAAGGAGAAUGAAGUUGAAAAUGAUUCUCUCACACAGAGAGGAGGGGUUCCCUCUGUUUUCCCGAGUUCCUACCUUCUCGUCACCAUUCAUUUUACUUUUGUUAUGAAAGCAUAG